AUGAAAGGCAUCGUUCGAAAUAGUUUUACACUCAAUUUAACUGUAAUGAAAUUAAUGGGAACAUAUCCUUUGGAAAAUUAUCCACGGCUUUACAAAGUGUUUGGUUAUUUUUUAUACAUUUUUUCCAUGAUUCCGGGAUCAAUAUUUGGAUUUAUUCAUCUUUUUUUUAAAGGAGGUAUCACAGAUGUUGGCUACAAAGAUUUAUUUUCAGUUGUUGUUGUUGUCUUUCUUUCUCCUAAAUUAUUCUCCCUGGUGAUUGCCGCUGAAAAUAUUAAAAAAUGCAUCAUAUAUCUAGAUGAAGGUUACUUCAUUAUAAGAAAUCAAAAUCAAGAAAAAAUUAUAACGGAAUGUGUACAAAUUUGCCGAAGAAAUUCAAUAUUCUUUCUUGGGGGAUGCGCUACGUGUUUUAUAAGUUGGACUGCUACAUUGAUAUAUCAAGGGGAUAUGAAACAAUUACCAUUACUUACAUGGCUCCCUUUCAAUUCACAAGAUUAUCCUUUGCUUCACUAUGUUCUUUACUUCAGCUAUUAUUUCGGAGCCGCUUAUCUAGUAUUUGCAUCAGGAGCAGUUGAUCCUUUAAUUGUAGGAUUAAUUUGUCACGCUUUUGGACAAGUCCAAAUUUUAAAAGAUAAUUUGCAACAUUUGGAUGAUUAUAUCGACGAAAGCAGAGGGAAAUCCGAUUUAAUAUAUGAAAAAAUCAAAAAGUGUAUUGACAACUAUGAAGCAAUUACAAAUUUCAUUUUUAAAUAUGAAAAAAGUUUUUCAACUGUUAUACUUUGUCAAUUUCUGGAAAGUGCUAUUGUGAUUGGGAUUUGUUGUCUUCAAAUUAGUAAAUUAAAAGAUGACUAUAUUAAUUUGAUAAUAACGGGCAAUUAUUUGGUCAUUUUGCUAAUUCAAGUUUAUUUCUAUUGCUACUACGGCACACUACUUGUCGAAGAAAAUAACUCUCUCAUUACCGCAAUUUAUAUGAGCCGGUGGUAUGAAUAUACGAAAGAAUCUCAAAAAGCUCUUCUUAUUUUAAUGGAAUGUUCAAAGAAACCUUUACUAAUUACUGCAGGAAGGGUUGUUGGUGUAUCCCUAGAGACAUUCACUUUGAUACUCAAACGAUCAUAUUCUUUAUUGGCAGUAUUGAAGAAUUAUUAA